AUGUCCCAUCAGCCCCGUCAAGUCCCUAGUCACUCCUCAUCGCCGUCGAAAUCAUCCUCCCGGCGAACGACAAGCGGCGGCGGUACGAGCACUCGACCAAUAUCUCAGCCUCCGCAGCAACAACCCUCAAGCACUACAGCUCCGCGCAGUCUCCUGCCCUCUCCGCACUUCGAAGACGACCCGAUCGUUGCGUCCCACCAGCAAUACAGCAAGCGCCCCAACCUAACACUCAACGAUCCCGAAUACUCUGAACACGCCGUGGCCGAAUCCGAACACUGCAGCCAUGGCCUUGGCUCGGCUCAUCCGCAGACUGCCGAAUCGAUCCCGUCCUUCCAGCCGUUCUUCACCCUGAUCGAAGACAGCGUUACAAAUGAGCACUAUCACCCUACCGUGCAUUAUAUCUUCGCAGACGAUGACACGGACAUGAUCACCGAGGCUGCGUUGAGGAGUCUGGAAGUGUUGGAUCCAAGUCAACGAGCCGCGGGCACACACGGACAGUCACAGACGCAAGGACAUGACGCCGACCACGAGGAUAGCUUAAAUGCAUCCCGACUUCCGCCCCCGGUUGCAGGAAUGCGGGAACACUAUAUCGUGCUCGAUGUGCAGCCCCAGGCUCAGCCUCCUCCUAGCGCGCAGCAGGAAGACAGUUCCGGCACAGCUACCUCCGCAUUCACGUACGAAGUUUCAUCUGCACAUUCCCUAAGUGCGGAAUGGCAGGUCCUCCGUACGAGCAUAUCCACUGCACCUACCAUUGGUGACAACCCAUCUGCGGAAGACGAAGGCUUGAUGCUUCGAAUCGAAGGGAGGGGAAACACACCCGGUAACAUUAUGGGGAACGAAAGGGGAAAGGGCAAAGAAGCCGACGCGGAGAAAGAGAAGGAGAAGGAGACCCUGGAGGAGAUGAUCGAGCGGUUUCAGCGCCGGCUAGAGGAUGUCAGGAUGGUCAUUGAAGCUGGUGGCGGGACGUCUGGUCUCAAUAUCGGAGACGGUGCCGGUGUGGAGGAUUGA